CUCGGCUGUAUUGCGCAGGACGUCGGCGCCCUGGCGUCGCGACGCGACGCGACCCGCGGGGCGAGUCAAGCAAGCAGCAGGCAGGCAGGCAGGCAGGCAGGCAAGCAAGCAGGCAGGCAGGCAGGCAGGCAGGCAGGCAAAGCAGGCAGAGACCGGUCGGUCGUUGCUUGGUGCCCGCGCCUCUCCGCUGCGCGACGCAAUCCUCACGGAGCACGUAGAACGGUUCGCGAGCGAGCGAGCGAGAUCAGACCGUCGUCCACCAGCACCCCCGGUGGUGCGUCCGCAACGCGCGCUCUUCAGCCUCGUCGCAUUCGGCCGUCUCGACGGAACCGCGUCGCGUCGCGUCGCGUCGCGUCGCGUCGCGUCACGAGCUGCUUUCUCCCCUCGCUCGAGCGAAGGAGAGCCCGAGCUGAGGCGCGUCGCCGCGCCGCGCUUUCGGCGUGUUCGCCUACCGACGACAACGAGGACCACCGCUAGAUCGCCGAAGCGCGCGGGGGAUCCACGAGGAGGGUCGGCGGGGGUGAGAGCUACGGCGUCGGGUCCCGCGGCGACUAUGCGCGUGAUCGAUCGCGCGCGCCUCCGCGAUCGGCCGGAGAUGUGAUACCGGAAGUAGGCCAGGCAGGGUUGACCUGCGUGGGCGGGCGUGCAGGUACGUACGGCCGCGGGUGCGUGCGUGCGAAUACGACGCGUAGGCCGCAGGUGUGCCGCGUGCCAGGAGCCAGCAGUCGUAGAGAUGCGCGUCGCCGCGACGGCCUGUCCGUCGCCGACGUAUUCGCCGUCGUCGUCGUCAUCAUCGGGAACCCUCCGUCGGUGCAGACCAAUCGCCCUGCGACUGUUCUGCGCCGUCUUGGUCUUCUGGAUUAUCCUCGAUCGGCCAGCCCUCGGUCUACCGGACCCAUCGGAGCUGACGACCGCGGAAGAUCUAUCCGACAAGGAUGUGAAGAAAUUCGGCGACGACUGCGGUGUGGACAAUGAGUGCAGCUUCGCGGGCUCUUAUUGCGAACCGAAAAAGAAAAAGUGCGCCUGCAAGGAGGAAUACGAGGCCACGAACCAUAUCGACAAAUGCGGACACGCGGCAAACGUGAACGAGUCCUGCUUCUUCCACGAGCAAUGCGAGGUGCGAGUGAGCCAAACAGAAUGUCGCGACGGCCGUUGCAUCUGCCUGUUCGAGAAGGUCCCGAUGCUGCAGUCCGACGGCACAAUAAGCUGCACCACCGAGGUAAACGAACCGACCAAUGUGCAGUACGUAGACCCGGCGAUGAUCGGCGUUCUCGUUGGCAUGGCACUGAUGUUCAUCAUCAUCUGCGUCGUUCUUAGGCUCUUCAGCAGGGCUCGCUGGCGAGAGAAUCGCACCAUCUUUAACACACCCAACGCGCGCCUCAUGAACGUCUCACUACUGAGAGAGAACAAACUCUUACACGCUCAGGAGAGACGCGGCUCGAGAGCGAGCGUACGAGCUCCUUCGAGGCAACCCUCGAUGGCGUCCUUAAGGGCCCACUCGCCGAACGCCUCGCAAGGUCUUCAUGCUUAAAGUUAUUCUGGCUUUUCGUGUCGUGCUGCCGCGCUGUCGCGCCAAAGCACGCGAUACUUUAGCAAGAAAAUCUCUGUCGCCAGGGUCACGCGCAGGAUCGCGACGUGGGAGUCGCGGUAGCAGCGGGAACGCUUCGGCCGUCUCGGUGAAAUCUAACAAAUCGCCGAAUCAUACGAACAACGUCACCGACCCGGUCCUGGAGAACGUCACCGUCGAGAUUCUCGACGCGAAGACGUAGACAGAUCGUCCGAGCGUCGCGACAAACGAUCCGAUCGGCAUUUCCCAUUUAUCACUAGCUUCGCGCAGCGAACACGCGCCUCAGCGCGCGUGCAAAGAUCGCCGUCCUAAUAAAUCCACAGCUCGCGAAUAAUUGGCUGUCCGUUUCCCGCUUUUCCGCUCUCGACGCCCGAGAGGAAUGUAAAUUUUAUAACUCUCGCUAAUGCAAAUAUCAUCGGUAAAUAGCUCGUCCGGUUAAAGAGGCGCCUCCGCCGCCGCCGCCGCCGCCAUCGCCGUCGUCGUCGUCAUCGCCGCCGCCGCCGCCGCCGCCGCCGCCGCCGACGAUGACGGCGACGACGAGUGUCGAGAUCUCGACGAGGUCGAAGCAUAAAUUGUCAGUAAUUGGGGUCGCGUAAAAUAUCUAUUGCGCCGCUUUAAAAAUAUCGAAGCGAGGUGAACAUUUGGUCGGAUUAAUUGCGAGGUGAUCUUUCCGGCGCGUGUCCAUCUUGCUUCAUCAUUCAAUCUCGCAUAGCCGCGAUUGGAUGCGACUCAACGACCGUAUCGCGUCAUCGGCCGACACUUCGGACAUUUUAAACUAACCUUUCGCGCCAAUAAGUCGACGAAACGUUUGAUUGAUACUCCUUUGUCGCGACUCGUGGCGAUCCGAUAGGUGUGCUCUUUCAGAUUUCGGCUAUCUCGAUCUAUCGAAUAUAACGAGUCGCUUCAACCCCCCCGCCGACAGA